CUAACGUUUACGUUUAUGUUACCGAGUAGCAGCACAACAUCAAUUAAGGACUUCAUUUGGUCUAUUUUUCUUUACGUUAUGUGGUCAUUAUAAUGCAGGGAUGGCUAAACGACCGGGGACAGACGACGGGAUGUUGACUUCGCCGGCCGUUCUCCGGGAUAUCGUUGGGGAUUUGAACACCGGGGAGGUGAACAUGGACUGCGGCGACGGAGCCGAGGAGGUCUCCCUACAAGAAAUCCUGACGCUGUACAACCAGCCGAUAAACGAGGAGCAAGCAUGGGCAGUGUGUUACCAGUGUUGUAGGACUUUAGCGCAGAAACAUCGGAGGAAAAGCUCCUCCGGUGCUUCAGCUGUUGCCUAUCCGAGGAGGAUUGAAGGACCCGGGGAUGUGAGGAUCGGGAGAGACGGGACUGUCAAACUGCACUUUGAAGGAAGCACAGAUAAAUACAGAUUGCCCUCAACGUCAUUAGAGGUUAUUGACUCACUGGGUGUCAUGAUCUACAAAGCUCUCGACUUCGGGCUCAAAGAAAAUGAGGAGCGUGAACUCAGCCCGCCCUUGGAGCACCUGAUCGACAUGAUGACCAACACAGAAGAAAAAGAGAGCGACCUCUGUCCUGACGAGGGCUACGAGGCCACAGAAGAAGAGGAUGAGUGUGGGGAAGAGGAGGAAGGGCAGGAGGAGGAGUCCGUCUCUGCUUCGAACAGCAACGUUCGGAGCUAUAGAGACAUCAUUACGCUGUGUUCCUCACACCUUCCCAGCCCGUCAGACGCCCCCAACCAUUACCAGGCUGUGUGUCGUGCUCUGUUCGCCGAGACCAGGGAACUGAACACCUUCCUGGAAAAGAUCAAGAGUGCCAAGGAGAACCUUCGAAAAAUGGAAGGUGAAACUCGGGAUGAACCUGUAAAAGAUCUCGAUGAGCUUCAAAAUGCAGAUUGGGCACGGUUCUGGGUACAGGUGAUGCGAGAUCUACGGGACGGUGUAAAGUUGAAGAAGGUUCAGGAACGUCAGUACAACCCACUACCUAUUGAAUACCAGCUCACGCCGUACGAAAUGCUGAUGGACGACAUUCGCUCCAAACGUUACAAGCUGAGAAAAGUCAUGGUGAAUGGAGACAUCCCGCCAAGGUUAAAGAAGAGUGCACAUGAGAUCAUUCUUGAAUUCAUCAGGUCGCGGCCUCCUCUCAACCCUGUCGCUGCCCGUAAACUGAAACCUCACCCACCACGUCCCCGUAGCCUCCAUGAGCGACUGCUGGAGGACAUCAAAGCUGAAAGGAAGCUCCGACCGGUCUCACCAGACAUGAUCCGCAGAAACCGUUUGGGUGCGGGGAAAAGCAUCAGCACUCCUCAGGACUUGUUCCGCAGCUCAGAUACUCCUGAUGCACCCAGGAAGUUGGCUGUCAGCACUCAGUCUCUCGCCAGUGGCACCACUACACCCAAUAAAGGUGGAGGAGUGCAGCCUCUUUCCCAAAGAAAGAGGUUACUCAGGGCACCCACGCUUGCUGAACUGGACAGCUCCGAAUCUGAUGAGGAGCCUUCGCGGAGCAGCUCCAGUAUGUCCACGUCUUUGAUAGAUGACACUUCUCCAGAGUCUGUCGUGGGGAAGAAGGUACCCCCAAAGUUCCUGCCAAUCUCAGCCACCCCCCAACCAGACAAGCGUCAGUCUCCACAGAGGCGGCACUCCAUCGAGAAGGAGACCCCAACCAGUGUUCGCCCUUUUCUACCGCCAUCCAGACAGACCUCCAAGUCUUUGGAGGAGUUCUGCUACCCGGUGGAGUGUCUGGCUCUGACGGUGGAGGAGGUGAUGCACAUCAGGCAGGUUCUGGUCAAGGCUGAGCUGGAGAAGUUUCAGCAGUAUAAAGACAUCUACAAUGCCCUCAAGAAAGGAAAGCUUUGCUUUUCAUGUCGGACCAAGAGGUUCUCCCUUUUUACCUGGUCGUACACCUGCCAAUUCUGCAAAAGGCCUGUGUGCUCCCAGUGUUCUAAGAAGAUGCGGCUUCCAUCUAAACCAUAUUCCACCUUACCCAUCUACUCUUUGGGUCCCAGCACUAUGGCUAAAGAAGAGGCAAGUGGUGCUUGUGCCCCAGCUGAGCCAGACAAGCAUCCGUUUGGAUCUGGACAGAGCCGACACAGCCUUCGCAGAAGUGUUUACAAGUUGUCUAAGCAGGGCAGCAGUAGUAGCAGCAAAGAUGGCCGGUCGCAGGACGAACCAGAGCUGCCCAAGGAACUGACUGAGGACUGGGUCACUAUGGAGGUCUGCGUGGACUGCAAAAAGUUCAUCACGGAGAUCAUCUCCUCCAGCAAGCGCAGCCUGUGCGUAGCCACCAAGCGUGCCCGCCUCAAUCGCAAAACCCAGUCCUUCUACAUGCCGUCGUCUAACUCGGUCAACUUCAGGCCCUCCGAGCGCACCAUUAAUGAGGUGUAGAGAGUGAGACUGCCCUGUGCACUUUUUGUUCAUGCUUUUCCCAGAGCAGAUUUAUUCAAUAAAGAGUCCCUACUUAGUGUUAGUUUUGACACUGACUGGUUCACUGCUAUGUAUGAAAAUGGUCAUUUCCAGUCACAAUGCAGCCAGUCCAUCCCAGUCCCAAAGUUAGUGAAGGUUCGUAUACCUUACCCUGUCUCAGGAAAAGUUGUCACGCUAUGAUUGGUCAUGACAAAGACGUGUGGUCAGGACUCAGCAUUUGCUGCCAGAUAACAAUGGAGAGCCGUGUUUCUUUACGUGACCGUGAUAAUUCAGGGCAUGUUAGUGGUGGGUAAAGUGGAUAUAUUGAGCUAUUGAUGUUGCUAAAGUAAACCGAGUGAGAGAAUGUGGAUGACAAGAGAGCUGGAUCACAGGAUACAGAAAGCCAAAUGUUGCAGUGAUGAUGUGUAAAUAGUAUAGAGGCCCAACCCUAAUCUUAACUAAGUUUUCCAGUUCCUGUUUACUUGUAGCACUCAGGAUGAACAACCGAUUGUCUUUUGACAGAAAUGCACUGUAGAUCUUCCUGUCAGGUCCGCUGGGGUACAUCUCUACCACUUCUUGCCCCUCUUAUUCUUCCAGCAACAAUUAUGCCAAAUUUUCCAUUGUUCAUUUUUUUUUUAGCAAGUUUUCAUCAAACGUAGUCUGACAAAUGCAUUUUACUACUUCUCUCAUGAUGUUGGGAUGACAGGUUGAGGGGUGGAAAUUUAUUAUUUUUCUGGGUGGGUUUUAGCUAUUUUAGUUAUAAUGUAAAUAAAUUCUGUGCCUGGUGCCAAAAUGUAAUUUCUUUCUUUGAAUGCCUUUUGUAGUCAUGGACCUAUUGUACAUAUGUUAUAAACUCAACGGGGGAUAUUUUAGAGUAAAUUUAAGGUUUUGUUCCUUGCCCUUCCAUGUUCCACGUAGGGCAAUAGAAUCACAGAAAUGUAGGGUAAUGAAUGUGUACAUGCUGUAUAUCUAAAUUACUCCAAAUUUAAUAUAAAAACUUUACUAAAUAGAAGUUUAAUUUUACUAUGUUUUAAGAUUUCUGCCUGGAGUAUCAAAACUUUAUUUGAGAUUACUCUCUGAAACCUUUAUUAUUAGUGUUCUUAUGGUUUGUGUUAUAUGUAAUAUUAAGAUUGUAUUUCUGUUGUAUAGUUUAUGAAUUCCUCAGUGUUAAGAUAUUCCUAAAACUCAAAUAGCACUUUUUACUGGACCAAUGUAUUGUUUAUGUUGGGUUUUUGUCUUAAUUAAUAAUAAUAAUGAUAAUAAUUAAAAUCUUUGUUUUUCACCUGUUGGGGGUCCAUAGUGCCAUUUCCCAGGGUUCCUCAUGAAUGAAAAUGUGUGUGAAUGGCUGCAAGUUGUUUGUAUAGGAGGAAUAAUGGCUAAAAGAAAACAGAACACUCCUUAAUUGAAUGUAAGCAUUUUAAAUUAUAUAACUGUCAUCAAAUAUACAUUAUGAACUUCUCUCUUACUGACAGAUGAACAUACCAACAGACAUCUUACUGUGUGUUCAUAUAGUGUGUUUUGUGACAGUUGUUAGCAAUCAAACACAAAGCCUAACCAGCCUGUUAGAUAAUGAUGAUGCCAUGUUCCUUUUAAAAAUAGUUCAUCCGAACAGAUUUAUUUUAGGCCUGUGUAAGGAAUGUGUGCAUGCUGUAUUGUGACUUGUUUUUAU